AUGACGACUCGCGCGAGGGAGAUGUUGUCUUCGCUGCUGCCGCCCAGGAAGACAGACAACGACAACAGCAGACGCCGCCUCGACUCGUCCAUGUUCCAUUCGAACCCCAACACGCCUUCUCCAGGCCCCGCGACCCGCCGCGACUAUCUGGGGCCUCGCCAUGCCACUGCCGACUUCACCGAGGCCGAGGACGACGAAGACGAGGUUACGCACGACGAGGACGAGCAGGACGAUGGUGCAGACCUCUCCAGGUUCACGCAAUACAGGCCCGAUGGGGGCAUGCGCGACAGGGACGGACGCAGGAGCUCGGCCACCACAAUGCCAUUGUUCUCUGCGAGCUAUUUAGACUCGUUGCCAGUCUACAGCAUCGUGCACUCUAUACGCAUCAUCGUACAAACCCGAACCGAAACGAGCCUCACAUGGGAUCAGCUGCGGUCUCCCCAGGUUUCGCAGUUCCUGGUGAAACCUAUGCAGCAGCAGAUUCGGACCCAGCACUUCAGUCGGGCUACCCUGUAUGCUCUGAUGGCCAACUGCCUGCAAUUUGGGAGAGAGGGCCAGUUGUACCCGGGCAAUGCAGGCACCAGCAAUACACGGGCCAAAGUUUGUGAACUGCUCGCCCUCAAGCUUUUGAAGGAGUACGGCACAAGAGAGCUCAUUGACGCCUUAUCGUACGACUUCUACCCACUGCAAGGAUUGCCUGAGGCCCAGAACGGAUUUCGGCCUGCCAAUAGACAGCCCGCUGCAAGAACUUCUACGCUAGAGGUUGCCAUUCGCGCCUCGGCCAAGCAUUUUCUAGCCCAUCCCCUGGUGGUGCAGCAGUUGGAAGCUAUCUGGAAUGGUGCCAUCAGCUUCUACUCUGCGGCCGAUUACCUCCAUCGUAAGCCUACAACGCCGCAGGACAACAGCCCCAAGUCUCCGGGCCACGGACCAGCCGAUUCCCGAACGCCAUUGCUUCGCUUCGAAACGGAGAGCGUGAAGGAAGACAAUGGCAGCCUGCCGCUUCAUGCGGUGCCUAUCAAGCGGUCUGUAACGCUAUACAAUCCGCGGAACGCAUCUCCCUUGAAGCUGUCGCGCCUGCGUGUUCCACGCUAUCGGCAGUUCUUGUCGACAUGCUCCUUGUUCAUCCUGAUCUGCUUGUUUCUUGCUGUACUCGCCCAGCGGUCAAAUCGCAUCACUUCCUUGGAACUUGUAUUUUGGUUCUGGAGUGCCGGGUUUAUGCUUGAUGAGGUUGUCGGUUUCAAUGAGCAAGGCUUCUCACUUUACAUCAUGAGUUUCUGGAACCUCUUUGACAUAGGAAUCCUGCUCAUGCUUGUUGUGUACUACUGCAUGAGAAUAUAUGGGGUGUUCCUGGUGGAGGCCAAGAGCUGGAAUGAUAUGGCAUAUGAUGUAUUGGCAGCAAAUGCGAUAUUGCUUUUGCCCCGUAUCUUCAGUGUGCUCGAUCACUACCAGUACUUCUCCCAGCUCCUCAUCGCUUUUCGACUUAUGGCGGUGGAUCUUGCAGCUGUCUUCAUCCUCAUCCUCAUCAGCUGCUCUGGGUUCUUCGUUUUCUUCACCCUGUCAAGGAAUAACAAUGACGCUGGGGAGGUCGCCUACAAGAUAUUCCAGAUUCUGAUGGGAUUCACACCGGCUGCCUGGGACGUAUGGCCCGAGUAUAACUUCCUAGGCCGGUUUCUGUUGGUAAUAUUCCUUAUCAUUUGUCAUUUCGUGGUUGUGACUAUCCUCAUUACGGUUUUGACCAAUUCUUUCAUGGCAAUCGCCUCGAACGCGAACGAAGAGCACCAAUUUCUGUUUGCAAUCAACACCAUAUCAAUGGUAAAGAAUGACGCCCUUUUUAGCUACGUAGCGCCUGGGAACAUCAUUGCUUGGAUGUUGACGCCCUUGCGAUACGUCAUGCCCAUGCGGGAAUUCGUGCGGUUGAACCGAACUGUCAUCAAGCUUACACACUGGCCGUUGCUUUUUUGCAUCUACUUCUACGAGAAAUACUUCUUGGCUUCAAGUAUUUACGAGCCGACGGAUCUGGUCGAGAAUCACGGACGAAGUCGAGGGCGACUCAUCUCAUUCGCUGAUCCAGCCAGCCGUACCGCUUUGUACAGUCCCAAUAUUCGCAUGCACGAAGGCUCCGUCGUCGGCCAGCAGAAAGAUCAGGCAUUGGCAGAGGUGUUCCUCCGCGCUCCAGAUGCAAGCACCCUGAGACAACAACGGAGGCAGGAGAGAAGAAAAUCGCAGACGGCAAUCCGGAACUGGAUGGAUCAGAGCGAUCAAGCUGGGGAGCCCUUGUCCCAUUGGCCGACCAUGGACAGCCGACGAAGCGGUAACAGCAGAUUCACGCGGAGAUUUAGGACAAUAUCAGAUGUCAGGUCAGCCGCUAGCGACCCUGCAGAUCUUAUAUCCAAUAGCGGUCAUCCACUCGCUAAUUUCAGGUUUGACGCAACUCCCCAGGACCAGCACACGGAGGAUAAGGACCAGACGGAUGCUGAUGGUGAUGAUGAACUUGUGACCAACGAUGAGGACGAAGACGAAGUUGCCACCGAGGAUCAAAGAGCUCCGAAAUCCCGCCAAGACGAGGAAGAAGAGGAAGAUUACUUUACCACGCCAGUAGCCACCCGCUUCGGUGUUCUGGCACCCGCUUCCUAUAGCUCCAUGCACUCAUCAAAGCCUUCGACCGCCAAUGCCUCGCCUCGGGCAGCUCCGGCACGCCGCCAGGGCUUGCAUAGUCGCACACUUUCGACCAACACCAUUCUGUACGCGCCCCAGGAAGCCAGACGUGGCCUUGGCGCAACCACUGAGGUCGACUCGGAGGAACAGCCAGCUGGGCGGCGUUCGCGACCUAGAUCCAACCGUCAGACCCCUGCAGUAACUCCGGGCGGCACACGUUCACCACGCAAAUCUAUCUACAUCCAGCCACCCUCCAGACCCCGCCCGAUCCCGGCGAAGACGGCACCAGACCGUCCGGCGAUGCUGAGUGCUCCUGAUACUAGACGCAGUCACAUUCCAUCAAUUGACGUCGACUUGAACUCGGACAUACUUGAUACCAACGUCGAAUUCAAUGGGGUCCCAGCCUCAUUCGCUACGCAGAUGGCUUGGGCAACGGGCCAGCUUAAGGGGCUGAACCGGAAUUCCCAGGAACGUGAGACUUCGGAGCGCAUGAGCCGACUGGUCUUGGCCCGUAUGAAGACGCUGGAAGAGAGCUUCGCGGAUGUCGUCCGGGAGAUGCGUACCAUGCGCAGUGGCGUCCCUACGGCACAAAAUUCGGGCGAUGACGGGAGCUGGAAAGGAAGAGCUGGCGUUGCCAUUGAAGUCGCCGGUAAUGACAGGAGGCGGCCAGUUUACAAGAAGCCAAAGGAUGGAAGGAGCCGACCCACCACCCCAAGGGUGCGCAGUCGACCUGAGAGUGCCAAGGAGGACCAACCUAUCGCACCGCUCACCAGUACAAAGCAACGCGACCAGGGCAAGGGCAAGGGGAAGGAGAAGGCUGUCCCUUGGUCCGAGGACAGCGACGGCGGUAAGGAGGCGCGCCGUCAGCGAAGGAGGGGCAGCUCGUUUUAA